GGUUUCCUCUGGUCUGGGUUCUGGGAUCAGCUUCUGUUUUCUGCUCACUGUCUUCAGUGAACAGGUGGUUCUGACCUGGGAUCAGUGUGAAGGAACAGUGGAACAAAAGCAGGAUGUUGGUGUGUGUUUGAGAAACAAACUCUGCGUCAACAGCAGAAACCACAGACCAGGUCCUGAUGUCUGCAGGAGGAGGUGGUUCUGUCUCCAGGUUCGACCGGGUCCGGGAGAUCCCCCACUACGACCAGGUCCCAGUGGGCUCCUUAUGGCGGGACCACGAUUUGCCUCCCCCUCCGCCCCUGCCCCCACCCCCACCCUCAGUCCCUCCUCACGGACCCAUCCCGGCCGUCAGCCUAGACCCCCUCCCUCCUCCUCCUCUACCUGAAGCCCCUGCCAUCGGGCCCGAGUCCUUCUACCCCCCCAGUGAUGACGACCCGGCGGAGGCGGACUGUGAGGCCAUGGACAUCAAGCCGGUCCACCGCUUCAUCCCCGACUCGGUCAAGAACUUCUUCCGCGGCAACAGCGGUAACCGUGGCAGCAAAGGUUGGACUGCCCCUCACUCCCCUGCCCCGUCGUCCAAGAAGAGCACCAACCACACCUCCAAAGGCGUCCCCUGUUCCCCACCGCACUCCGCCCCUCCAUCCCCAUCCCUACCCGGGUCCUACAGAGACCCCUACGGUGGUUCUGGGGGCAGCUACACCUCCCAGAAGGAAAGGGACGGCCUGUUGCUAGGAGCCGAAGCCUUAGAUUCGGUCUCGGCGGUUCCCACUAACCUGUCCGCCCAGACCUACCAGGAGCGGGUGGAGGAGUACCACCAGCGCUACUCCUACAUGAAGUCCUGGGCAGGCCUGCUUCGGAUCCUGGGUUGCGUGGAGCUGCUGUUGGGCGCCGCCGUCUUCGCCUGCGUCUGCGCUUACGUUCACAAGGACAACGAGUGGUUCAACAUGUUCGGGUACUCGCAGCCGCAGUUGUACGGGGGGUUAGGCGGAGGGGCAGGGAUGUAUGGGGGCGGCGGCGGCAUGUACACUGGCCCCAAGACUCCCUUCGUCCUGGUGGUGGCCGGUUUGGCGUGGAUCGUAACGGCCCUCCUGGUCGUCCUUGGAAUGACAUUGUACUACCGGGCCAUCCUCCUGGACUCGUCCUGGUGGCCGCUGACGGAAUGCGCCAUAAACCUGGUCCUGGCCGUGCUCUACAUGGCGGCGGGGAUCGUCUACGUCAGGGACACAACCCGCGGCGGGCUCUGCAACACGCCGGUGUUCAACAACGGCGUCAACGGGGCGUUCUGUCGCACCGAGGCUGGACAGACCGCCGCCAUCGUCUUCCUCUUCAUCACCAUGGUGCUCUACUUCAUCAGCGCCGGAGUUUGUCUCAAACUGUGGAGACACGAGGCCGCGAGGAUGAGGAAGGAGGAGCUGGCACAGGAGAUGAAAACUAUUACAUCGUCGGCACCUCUGUCUAUAUUGGGGGGCAGCUCGAGGGGGUCUCAGCCCACCCCCCUCCCAACCAUCCAGCCCGACAUCAUGGACGCCUCCAUGAACUCUGCAGCUGCUCCUCUGAUGGAGCCCGAGAUCCUGCGGGGCCACAUUCCAGCCGGACACAUCCCCAAACCAGUGGUCAUAGCCGACUACGUGGCGAAGUACCCCCCCAUCCACUCAGAUGAGGAGCGGGACCAGUACAAGGCUGUGUUCAACGACCAGUACGCCGAGUACAAAGAGCUGCACGCCGAGGUUCAGGCCAUGGCCAAGAAGUUCGACGAGAUGGACGAGAUGAUGCAGAACCUGCCGGCCCGACCCUCCAGCCAAAUGGAGAAGAACCGGAUCAACAGCAUUUUACAGGAAUAUCAGAGAAAGAAGGCUGACCCUACUUAUGUGGAAAAGCGGGAGAGAUGCGAGUAUCUAAAGAACAAACUGUCCCACAUCAAACAGAAGAUUCAGGAGUACAACAAAGUCAACGACUGGAACGACGACAACUAAACCGAAGAGCGAAAAAGGAAGAAGCGGCUGCUAAAACUGGAGCAGAAACAGCUGACAGGCUUCACAUGAAUAAAUGAUGCCAUGGUUUCUGCAGCAUGGUUGCCAUGGAUACAACAGUCACAGAUUCAGGAUGAUCACUGAUGAUGACCUUCUGACGACUAAAGUCUGCAGACACACCUUUAGUCCAGGUUACUUUCACAGAUUGUGGUUUUUUUAGGUGGAAUCCACCGCCUCCAGGCUCAAGUAUUUGCCAAAGUGUUUGCUCUGCUGAUGUUUUUUUUUUUUCUUGUAUUUUUUUUUUUCUAUCAACUUCUAAAUCUAAGAAGCAGAAAGUGAAGAUUAUUAUAGUGAAGGGUAUUUCUGCCAAAAUACUGAACAAACAGAUGUGUGCUGUUUUUAUUAGUUUUAAAUCAUAUACAUAUAUAUAAAAGGCUUUUGUGAGCUGUUUUACUGUAUAUUACUGAUUUUGUAUUAGAUUUGUUUUGUCACGUUGCUGUUCUGUUUAGUUGGAAAUUAAAUGUGUUUUUCACUUCAGAAUUAUGUUUUAUGAAUUCUCUAAUAAAAAGGUUUAACGCUGUGUCCCA